AUGGUUCAAUCUCAGAUUGUCCACCCUAAUGUUCAGAUAACCGAAAUAACGAGAGAAUUCUGCAGUGCUGCAUCAAAAUUGGCCGCGGGCAAGCUGGUCAAAGAUGAGCACUUCACUUUAUAUGAGGCCGUCAGCGCCUUGGAGAUCGGUGAUCCGAAGAUGGAUAGCGGUUGCUCCGCUUUCGACGCCGACAUCGAUGAGGAAUUCGACCCUGCCAGGACAGCGUCGGCAGAGGAGAUCAUAUGGCUGAUGGACCAGUUGAUGUAUCGCGAGGUAGCAUGGCACAUGGGAUAUCCUCUGUCCCAAACUCUCUUUACAUCGAUACACAUUGAACGACUCCUCUGGCCUCAACCAAAGCAAUUCUCUGACGCCUGUUUUUGGAGGGACCGUCCCAACGCCAGAGGUGCGCCUUCUUUGCUGCAUGACGUGUUUCAGCCCUACUGUGUAGGCCUGAUCAAGUGUUGUGACCUCGUUCUCUCCAUGGUGGCGAGUCAACAUUUUUACGAGGAGGAAGAUUUUGCGCCACAGAUAUACAAUCGACCCCUGCUGCAUGACUUCUCAGUGGGAGAGGUCAUGGACUCGUUGCAGGAUGCACGUACUUUUAUACACACCAGCAACCUUCCGCAGCCGUUGAAGGGUGCACUGAAGGACAGGGUGGAUGCAAGGUCUGCUUUCCUUCAGUUAUUUCACAGUUGCGAGCUCCGCGAACGACCAACCAAGCGACUUCUCGAAGAAAAUCUUGCCUUGAUUAAGACGAUUGAAGAGACUUCCAGUCUUGGCCGCCCAACCUCGACUGUGAUGUUUACGCUGAAGAUGCAACGGGGUCUGGCGAGUAGUGUGCCCCCGAGACCGAUGAUAGUCAUUGAGAAGGAGAAAGCUUUACCAUUCUUCCGCCAGCUUCUUACGGAUACCACUACAGCAUUCCAGAUGCUUGACAUUACUUCCAGCAGCGACCUGCUGGUUGCCUAUCAAAGGUUCAUGGCGCAAACGUCACCACCCGCCGUGUACGUCCGAGCACUCCUCCAGUCGUUCUUGAAUGUUGAUAACACGGUGCUGGGCCGAUUCACCCCCAACCGCUUCAUCAGUCAAGACAUGCAUUCUCUCUCACUUCCGAGCGCUUUACCCUUGGACAGCAACAACAGCGAAAUCGAGGAUAUUCCAGAAGAUCAGCAAAUUGAACUUAGCGCCAGAGUGAAUCUAUUUCUGAAUCGUUGCGGACAGUCCUUCCUCAAUUUGUUUAGAACUUAUUGCCUGAACCGUUGCAGGUUGAGGCGUUCAAUGUGUCACGCAGCGCUUGAGUGGGAUCAAAUCCAAGCAGAGGCUGAGGACCUGGAUGCAUUUGCACAAUCUGUACAGGACGAACAACCCAUUCCGUACCCCAACGGCGAGGAACCCACCUUUUCAUAUUCCUUCAGCAGUUGGGUUUAUCACUACAAGCUGAUCCAACUUCGAACGAUCCAUCAGAUGGGAUUUGAACUUUCCAUCUAUGCUCCCCACGAGUUUGCCGAGAUGUACUGGUAUCUGUCAUUUCUGACCAACUCACACCUCUCUCACCUCGAAAGGAUCAGCUUCUUUGUGUCCUCAAGUCGACAGGUGGAUGCACCUCGGCAAGAUAAGGUGCAGAUAGCGUUGAAGCGAUUGUACCGCCAUUUCACUUGGAUCAAAGCCACAGAAGCCAUGGCAAAAGCCCUGCAUCGGGUCUUCACCAUCAUUCAACGUCAUGGCCAUCUGCACAAGCCUUCGCCCGCCUAUGCAUCAGACCGGUUACGCUACGAGCUGAGAAUGCGACCGUUCCUCAACCUUUCCAUCCCCGAACCAAUCGAGUUUAAUGUAGCUCACCAGUCAUACUCAUUGCAGGAUCUCCCCGAUGAUUUGGUCCUCGAACAGGCGUCCAGUUUGACACAGACGGCAAGAAAAGCAUGGGAAGAGGUUCUGAGGGGCGGCUGGGAGUCCAAGCCUCCCCGAUCUGCACAUCCGGAAGCUGCUCGGGUCGGAGAAGGAAGAGGCAAGACGGUCGCUCCGAUAGUGGACAGCGAGUGGGCAAAAGACGUGCGCAACUCGAUGAAAGCAUGUAUAGGUACCGCGAUCGCGAUCGCUGCUCUGAGCAAAGCUCUGCAGGUUCCUGGAAAUGCCCCCGCGGCAAAAGGCAUCUCAGGGCUGAAGGUGGAAAUCCCGCCGGUCGGAGACCGAGACCGGUGGCAUUUGGCAUGGCCGGUACCCAAGAUUUCCAGCUGA